UAUUAUGACCAGAUGAACAAUGUCACUGUCUUCACCUGUCAGUGGGUUUAGUUUUGUGUGUUGUUGUGUUGUAAUUGUUGAGAGCUCCUCCAUCUCUCUCACUGUGUGUUGCAGUUUCUAUGCAGACUUUGGGCCCCUCAACCUGGCCAUGCUGUACAGAUACUGCUGGAAACUCAACAAGAAGCUGAAGUCUUUCACAAUGUCUAGAAAGAGCCUGGUUCACUACACCAGCUACGACCAGAAGAAGAGAGCCAAUGCUGCUGUUCUGAUUGGUGCCUAUGCUGUGAUGUAUCUGAAGAGAAGCCCAGAAGAUGCCUACAGGACUCUGAUAGCAGGAAACAGCACAGGCUACAUGCCGUUUAGAGACGCAGCGGUUGGAGAGUGCUCUUUUAACCUCACCGUGCUAAACUGCUUACAAGGAAUCAACAAGGUAGCAACAACGUCUAACACAGAAGAUUUUAGUAACAUUAAAAUGACACUUAGUAACUUCAUUUGUGUCACACCUCAUUUUAACGCAAAAAUCCCAGUUUGAGCCACAUUUGAAAUUGUUCUCUUAUUCUGUAACAACAGUAAUUGAAUUCAGUUUUAUUCAUAGCACUAAUUCUAAGCUACAGUUACUUCAAGGUACUUUAACUUAUAAGGUAAAGAGCCUGCAGCACUGCACUAGAAGUACACACUUGGCAACAGUGGGAAGGAAAAACUCCCUUCCAACAGGACGAAACCUCCAACAGAACCAGGUUUAAGGAGGCAGCAGUUCACUGUGACAGGUGAGGGGUAAGAGCAGAGACAAAGGAGUUUAAUAAUUACUAAUGAUUAAAUACUUCAGUGAUGUACAAACACACAGGAAUUGAAAACAAACGACUAAAGAAGAAAUAGUCAGUGCAUCAGCGUGUCUUUUAGACCCCAUUCCUACAAAACUGCUCAAAGAAGUCCUGACAUUAAUUAAUGCUUCGAUCUUAAAUAUGAUCAACCUAUCUCUAAUAAUCGGUGUUACGUCCCCACUUAAAAGCUAGGCGAUGAGGGUGGGGGACAGUAACAGUUAGAUCCAGGUGGAAUGAAAAGAACGCCAGGCAGAGGUAUUUAAUAUAAAAUAGAUCUUUAUUGUAGGCAAACACCUCAAUAAUCAUAUAAAUGGCAACAACAAAAGGAGACAGCACCGCUGCUUUAAUGAGAAAUCAGGGAGAUCAACCCAAAGUGGUAAUGACCACUUCAACAAAGGAAGCAACAAUAAGGCUUCAACAGAAAGAGACAGCAACACUGCUAGCAAACAAUAUCCAGGCAGGCCACACAAACUAGUGAAGGCUGCCGUCACUCAUGGGCAAUCACUGCUCAGUUAAGCACUACUCACAAAGAGCCACACGCAGCAGGCUGUUCCACACCUAAGCCAGUAACACACUCUGACCCGCACAGAGGAAAUCCACCAGAAACCUCUCCCUCCUCCUCCACACUGCUCUUCUCCAGCUUAUAUCACCCCUGAGGGUAAUUGGUUGUAACGAGAGCAGAUGAGCAGCAGGUGUGACCUAAAGGAGAAGGCAGGGGCAGAGAGAGACAAGGG